AUGCUGAGAAAUGCAGUUUAAUCUGACAGGAGAAAUUAGGGGUUGGAUGAUUAGUUUGGAAUAUAAAAAAAAAAUGUUUUAAAUAGUCCAGAGGUCACUCCCAUUCGAACUUUAUAGAGAGGAGAGAGCAGGAACAGUUAAUUGAUUCCUUCUUUAUAAAAAAUUACAAGGAAUACGGGUUCAAGAUUAUCUGUAGUGAGCAGGAAUGAUAAAAGAAAAUCCACCAUCAAUAGCAAUAUGUCGAAUAAAAAGAGAGACAAACUACUUAGGGAGUAUUAGGACCUGUUUUAAGAUGAGUCAUUUUCAUCGGAUAGUCGAUCAUCUAGUAAAUCCAGAAUCAGCAAAUAAUUAAAGGCUUUUGUAGAUCCGAAAAACAUUGAUAAGGAGAUCGAUGAAGAAAUGGAGUUCAUACACAAGACUUUAAAUUAACGUAUGUCAACCAUUAGCAAACAAUAAAAGGAAAUAUCAGUGUUGAAAGGAAGUUAGAAGAGUUAACUCAAGUAGACCACCAAAAGUUUCAAGAGCAUGAAAUAAAUGUCUCAAAAUCUUCAUAGUUUGGCUUAAAUAAAACAGUCAACGCGAUUUAGAAAAGAAAAUUCUAUUGCAUCCUCAAAGUUUGUGGGAUCAUCUGAAAAUCAAGAGAUGUAGAGUUUAGUGAAGAUAUUGGACAGAGUGGGAGUGCCUGAUUAGGAGUAAGCUCAAUACACCUAAAUAAUUGAGGAGUUGGAGAAGCAAUGUGUGGAUUUGAAUCCCAAUGGGGCACCAAGAAUAAAACAAAAGGUGAGGAAAACCUUUAUCUCUCUAUUCAAUCAAUAUUAUGGAAGUGAAAAUCCUAAAAAAAACGACGGAGAUCAAGUUAGUUUAUAUUCCAUCGCUCAAAACGAGUCUGUGUUUUUUGGCAACAAGGCUCAUGAGUCGUAAAUUGUAAAGAAUCAAUCCAAUAUCAAUGUGACAUCAAUCAUGGAAAACGUAUUCACGAAAAAGUCUAAUCAAAAACCAAUUAGCGAUAAAAUGAAAAGGUUGAUGGAUGAUUUCCAAUUAGAAUUGAAUGAUAAUUACGAUUCAAUCCAAUAGUCAUAAAACUCAUCAUCUGAGAUUGUUGAAGACGAAGAGGAUGAAUAGAAUUAUGAACAACCUCAAAUGAAUAAUACUUAGACUCUCAGAGAUCCUACUUCUUAAUGGGAUCGUCAAAUCUUCAAAUACCAAAAAAAAUACAAGAGAGAUCCAAUCUAUGAUCCCUACCCUUUGAUUUGGGAAAGCAAGCAAGAUUUUGAGUGGAUUUUCAAUGAUUACAAAUUUUAUUGGGAUGAUUACCCUUUAAGUGAAAUCAGAAAGUCUAUUGUUCUUGUUGUAAGGAUAAUCAAUAUCAGCCUUUAUAAAAUUAUUAGCCAUCAUUUAUUCACUAUUUUUGUACUUGGGUCAAUUAUAUUCAAUAUUGUAUUUUUUGUCUAAAGUCAAGAUGAAACCUUAAGUCAAGAUGUCUAAGAUGAUCUCAGGAGUAAAAAGAAAAUUAUACUCAUUUUAUUCAUAGUAGAAAAUGUAUUAAAACUAAUUGGUUUAGGAUUAUUUAAAUAUAUUUGGGAUCUAUAAAACUUAUUUGAUCUCAUCAUCCUUGUACUAUUCAUACUACAUUUCAAUUAUCCUGACAUUAUGGUUGUCGAUUUCUCAACAGCAAGAUUAUUUCGACUGCUUACUGUAAUGAGUAUUUUCAGUAAGAGAUUGAGAAUAAUGCUGAUUGCAGUUAAACACUCAAUCAAAUUCUUACUCGAAGCCCUACUUAUCGUUAUCAUAUUCUCAUACUUUUUUGCCCUCUUUGGUUAGCAUCUAUUUAAGGGUUUGUUUCAAUAUCAUUGUUACAUUGCUGAAGAGGGGAUUCAGACAAAGGAAGAGUGUGGCUAUAAUUUGCAAUGUAAGGAACAUGAAUUAAUAUGCGCCAAAUCCUUAUCUAAUCCCAAUGUGCCCACCAAUUUUGACGACAUCUUCUACUCCUAUGAAUAGGUCGUCAGAGUCAUGAUUUUCAAUGAAUGGACAGAACCACUGUAUUUAUCGAUGCUCUCAUUUCAUGAUUUCACAGUGAUAUACUAUAUACUGAUUAUUUUCAUUAUUGGGAUCUUCGGAGCCAAUCUCAUUAUCGCUGUUCUCAAAAUCUACUAUUCACAAACUUUGGAAGAAUAUGAGUUCGAAGAAAUCAAAGAAAACUCUGAGAAUGAAGAUACCAUCCUGAAUCUCAGAAUCAUCAAAAACUAUUAAAUAGACCAAGAUCUAUUGGAGAAUAAGAAACAAAUUACAUGUAACAAAGUCAAAGAUGAAUAGCAGACUUAAAUAAAGACUAAUCUUUAUGGGAUCCCGCCAAAGGUACUCAACUAUAAAUGUAAAUUUUUAUCUGCUCGUUAAACUAGAGAAUGGGAGGAAAUUAAAAAUAGAAAGAGAGGAAUCAAACCCAGGACCAGCAAUAUUCAUAAUUUAAUUGAAAACUUUACCAUAAGCAACAUAAUACUGUCGGAUUAGAAUAAGGAGCAAUUUAUGUAGAAACUAUAUUCAAAUGAAGGCUUGGAGAAAGAUUACUUCAAACUAUUUUAUAUACAAACCUUUAAGUAGUAUCCAUUGCAUUCUUGGAGGAGUGUGGUCAAUAAGAAUUUCGUAUUUAUUAGUACAUCAGAAAAUGAUAUCUUCAGUGUCUUUAAGUAAAAUUAAUAAUUACAGAGAAAGAGGGAAAGAGAAUUUGAAUUUAUAAGGAAAUUUGCUUUGAGACAUUACUAUUUCAUUAAAAAAUCAGAAUAUUCCUUUGUCAAACAACAAAACCAUCUCAGUGAAACCAGAAGGGGCAACUCAGAAACCAAAAGUUUGUCUUAGAGAAGAAUAAAAUUUCCUAUAAAAUAGAAACCCAAGAAGCCCUUAACUCCGUUAUAAUAAGAAUUCAAAAAGAAUUUUAUUAGUCAAAAAAUCAGUCUUAGGUAGAAAGAUGAAUCCCCAUCUUAAUGUUUAAAUCCUGAAUAAGUUCUUAUUAAUGACGAUCCUAACAGAAAAUCAAUUAGAAAAACGACUACUGUAAUUACCAAGAAAAAGAAUACAAUAAAAAUAAAUGAUGAGGAAUGCGAUUACGAGGAAGUCAAAUAUAGAAUCAAUAGAUAGAUUCCUGAUUCAUCAAAAUAGCCUCUUGAUUUUGAAGAUAUUUAUGUAUAAUUCAGAAUGGAAGAAUGCAGACAAUCAAUUAUUUAUAGGCACAAUUGGUCAGGGAAUGAAGUCAUAUACUCAAAAAAUAUUGUUUAGUUCAAGAAGUUGUUGUUUAAACUAUUAAAUAACUAAGAUACUAACAUUUGGUUAGCAAAUUUACGUGGUUAUUUGAUUUUAAUAUAAAAGUAUGCUAUGAUAAUUUUGAAGAAUAAAUUCGUAAAAGUGUUUUUCGACUCAGUAGUUCUAACUAAUAUUCUACUAUUAAGUUUGAUUGGUUAUGUAGAUGAGUAAAGGAUAAAGAAAAUAAAUGAUUUGUUUAUUUUGAUUUUGAUAGCUGAACUACUUUUAAAAUUAUUGUAAUGUGGAAUAAUUCGAUUUUGCUCUUUAACUACUAAUAUAAUUGAUACAGUUAUUUUAACUUGUGCUUUCAUAACCUCAGUAGAGGUGAUGUAGAAUUUGGAAGAGGAGAAUUUAUAUCUUGAUUUAUUGAGUUCAUUCUAAACAUUCUUGGUGUAUAGAAUAAUUAAAUAUAAUUCAUUUGCUGUCAAAAUAGCGAAGAUCACUAAGAAAUCACUCCCAUCAUUUUGUAAUUUGAUAUUAUUGAUGGUUACUUUGAUGUUUAUAUUUGCCUUCAUAGGAAUGAAUUUAUAUAAAAAUAAAUUUCCACUAGACACAGAUCUUGGAUUAUCCUAAUCUUUUGAUGACAUCCAGGCUGCCUUUUUAACUGUCUUUAUAAGAGCAGCUAAUGAUGAUUGGAUAGGAAUGAUGAUUAUGGGAUCUCAGUAUAGUUAUGAAAUACCAACAAUGUUUUACGGGGUUAUUUCAGUCUAUGUGUUAAAUCUGAUGACAAUUGGAUCGAUUUUAGCAAUUAUUUUAGAUGCAUUUUCAACAUUCUCUAAUCAUGAUGAAGACUAGCAUAAGGAUGAUUAAUAUUAAGUUGAUACUGAAAUUUCGGAGGAUUUAAAGAUUUUGAAUACAAAUGAAGUCACAUUAAACAGUUCGAUUAGUUCCGAAAAAGAAGAAUAAUAGCAGCCUCUAUAAAGUGAAUAAAAGGAAAAGGGUUUGAUGGAAGACCAAAUUGUGAGUACAAAAAUGCUAUAGAGUACAAAGUUGACCAGAUUUUACUAUUAAAGUAAACCUGGAGAGGACAAGAAACAAUUAUUUUAAUUAGUGGAUACCAUUAAUAAAUUGGUGGAUAAAUUAUUCUAAGAUUUUUAAUUUUUUUCAAAUAAUGAGAGUCAAUUAUCUUUGUUCAUAUUUAGCCAAGAAAACUAUUUUAGGAAAUUCUGUUAUCGAUUUAUCCAUUAUUCAAUUUACAUUCAUUUUAUUUAGAUGAUAUUUUUUAUAUCAUUGAUAAACAUGUGUUUUUAUACCUACUACGAUGAUGAUCAUGAACAUGGCAAUCAUCAAUAUUAAGUGAUUUCUGAAGAUAUAGAAUCAGCAGUAAAUGUUAUUUUAUUGAUUGAUUCUAUAUUGAAAAUAAUCUCACUUGGGUUUACUCAGGAGAAAGGAGCAUUUACAAGUGAAUUUUGGAGAUUAAUAGAUUUCAUAUAUCAGUUAUGCUAUUUUGCAAAUUGUAUUCUCCACUAUUCAGCCUUUAAGUAUGUUAAGAUAUUGAAAUACACGAGACCAUUUAGAUUUUUGUAUUUGUUCGAAGAGUUAAAGUAUAUAAAUAGUGCGAUAUCAAAGUCUAUAGUAGAUUUGAUAAACAUUCUAUUUGUUCAAUUGAUGGUGUGGUUGAUUUUUGCAAUAUUUGGAAUAAUAAUAUACAAAGAUAAAAUGGGAUAUUGUGAACAUCCGUUAAAUUUUGGAGUCAACAAGGAAGAAUGCAUUAAGGAAGGGAACCCUUGGGUUAUUCAUCUCUAUAAUUUUGACAAUCUAGGGAAUGCCAUGUUGACUUUAUUCAGAAUAACGGCAUGUGAUGAAUGGGUAUACAUUUGUUAGGUGUGUUUGAAUUCAAGAAGUGAAGAUUUGGGUCCAAUUCUUUAUGGGAAUAGAUGGAUAACAUUUAUUUAUUUUAUUCUAUUCAUUCUAGUGGGAGUUUUAUUCUUCAUGGGAUUUUUUGCAGGAAUUCUAUUUAUCAAUUUUCAAACUUAUAAACUUAUUUUGCAGAAGUAAAUAUUGACCAAAGAUCAGCAAUUAUUCGCAGAUGUUACAAAGAUGAUUCUAAUGGAGGUGCCCAAUUAUAGUAAUCCUCCAAAUACGUUUUUGAGAAGACUGGCAUCAGACAUUGUUAAAUAGCCAUCCUAUGAAAGAUUAAUUCUAUUGACCAUAUUAUUUAAUACAGCAAUUCUAACUUUCUUUUAUGAUUCUGCAACCAUUCAAAUGUAAUAGAAAUUAGAGUACAUUUAUCAAUUGCUGACGUGUUUUUUGAUUUUUGAUACCUAUUUGAAAAUUCUCGCUUUUGGAUUGAGAAGGUAUUGGGGAUUUAGCUGGAGAAGAAUCGAAUUCUUUUUGAGUUUUAUUGCCCUAGUAGACUUAAUCAUGUAUUUAAGUUAUGAUUGGACGAAGUAUUAUUAUUAUUACACAAUAAAUGAAUAUUAUUUCAUUUUUGUGAGAUUAGCAUUUGCAUUGAGAAACCUGAGAACUCUUCUCAUCAUCUAAUAAUUCAGAGGAUUGACAAGAUUACUAAGAAUUUUGAAUUAUUCAGCAUCCUUCUUAUUCCAGAUUCUUUGUUUUUUGAUCUCAAUACUCUUGUUCUAUGGUUAUAUAGGUUGCGAAUUCUUUGGUAAGGUAGAGAAGGGAGAAUACAUUAAUGAGUAUAUGAAUUUUUCAAAUAUUGGAAAGGCCCUAAUUGUGUUAUUUAAAGCAUGUACUAAAAACAAUUGGGUAAGAGUGAUGAUUGACGUAUCAGACAGGAAUAAGCAUUGUCAAGAACAUGAAUCAGAGGAAUGUGGAUCCAGUUGGAUAUUCGCAAGUACUUACUUUUAUACAUUUCUCCUGUUAUCUAGUUUUGUAGCUUUUAAUCUAUUCAUUACAGCAUUGGUUGAUCAAUUCGAAAAGUUUUUCCAUUCUCAAAAUAGUGUUUUGUAAACGUAUAUCGAAAACAUCGAUCCCUUCAGAACAGUUUGGUGUAAGUACUCAUCUGAAACCAAAGGAAAAUAGAUGCACUCCAAACAUCUAGCUAACUUUUUACUAGAACUAGGACCUCCUCUAGGGUCAGCCAUUGGAGACAACAUUUGGGAUGCAGCCAAAAGUGCCUCCAAUUUCAAAAUUAGAGCGGAUCAGAAUGGGUACAUCCACUUUUAAGAGGUUCUCUAUGAAACCAUUCGAUUUGUGUAUAGAAACUAAAUCUUCAGAACAGGAACACCUGAAAGCAUAGAGGCUAUUAAACAAAUCGACAAAGACGUACGUUUCAGAUUACAUUACAAAAGAAUAGAUAUCCUCGAUAGAAGGGAACAUAUCUAUGACUAGAUGCACAUCAAAGGGAACUUCAAUAUUCUCUAGGAGUAUCUCUUUUUGUUGAUGAUAUACCGAACUCUCAGAACUUAUGCCAUCAAAACAAUUGCCAAGAUAUAGAAUAAUAUCCUUUCUCCUAAUAGUCUCAAAAAGAAGUAUUUUGUCUAUGAUAGUGAAGAGGAGAGUGAAUAUAAUGAUACUAACUAAUAGAUGGAGGGUUGUCAGCAUUAAGUGUCUUUGGAAUAGGAGAAUUAUGAAUAGUAUAUACAAUUGGAAGCUACUAAAUACAUUACAGUCAGAGGACAGAGGAAACUUAAGUUUUAGGAUGAAACCGAUGACAGUCCCAAUUAAUGUCCUGUGAUCUACCUUCCUUAAUCCACUCAUCGCGAAUACAGUCAGAAUUAAUCUGUUAGGGGUAAGUCCGCCUUGAAAAAAUAAACCUAACAAGCUUUUAACUUUGUGGAUUUUGAGGCAGCUGAAUAGAAGAAUUUGCAAAAUCCCAUGCUUGAUUCCUCAAAUAUCAACGAAAACAGUAGAAGUUAUAUGACUGAUUCUCUUAUCGAUUUUGAAUAGUAAAUUAAUGGUUUUCAUGUUAUAACUAAACAAAAGCCACAUCGCUGCAGAUUUAGUGUUUCUUCUUACGAGGAAAGUGUUGGUACUGAAUCACACAAUUUCUAUAAAGGAAAACAAUAAAAAAAAAGGGAAGGAAGAAAUUAUGUAGUUUGA